UUAUUGAGAAUCAAACAUUUGCAAAAAGACAAAGGUCCGCAACGCGACGUUGCCGCUCUGAUUGACUUACGCAAUAUUCAUCUAUAAUCUACCGUGAGCCAACGCGUGAGAGCGCAAAGCAGAGAUACGUCGCCAGUGGGAGUGAGGGAGAAAGCAGCAUCGCGCCAGCGCUACGACCACGAGGUAAAAACGUGGCGAACGCAACAUCAUCGAGACGAGGGACGGCGCCCCGCGCCAUUUUGUCAUCGUCGUCUGCGCAGUGUAUCAAGUCUCUUUAUUGCAUUAAAACUAAAAGUAAAAUCAGUGCUAAUACUAAAGUGAAUAGCAAUUUCUGUUCAAAAAAGUUAUAUCAUAACUCAGUGGCGUUAUUCGAGCAAUUGUAACCAUAAAUCAGUGUAUUUCGGAAAUACCUAUUAGUAUAUACGUCGUAAAUCAUAAUGGAGGACGAAUUAUCAAGAAAAAAUGUAGCACGCGGUUACGCAAAGCGCACAAUCACGCGGCUUUAUCAGUAUUUAGAAGCAGAAGAGGCAAAUCUACUAAAGAACCACGUGGAGGAACUCAUGGUUCGGCGCGACCGACUGGAAAAAACUUUUAAUGAAUACGAAGACUUGUGCAAAGACAUUUUACAUUUGAAUCCCAAAGAUGAGGAGUGCGUGGACGUCGUCGAAGAAAAGUUUUACAAAAUGGUAACGAUGUUAAACAAGGCGAUUGCGCAACGUGGGUUUGCACCCGCGUCUUCAACCAAUUCAGUUGCUCAACCGAGUGUAGCGGCAAAAACUCACUUACCUCCCGUGGACAUCCAACAGUUUAACGAUAGCUUUACAACGAGAGCCUACCAAAUGGAUAGAAGCUCUGAUAACAAGCCGAGCCUGGAAGAGUUUCUCCAGUACCUUGAGAAACGGGCCUUGGCUUUAGAAAAUGCUGAGCAAGGUCACACUGCGGGUAACUCACGGGUAGCAGCUCUCGCCACGCAGGGAUCAUCAUGCAGUUACUACCCUGUUGCCGAGCAAUCAGAGCGUGGUGGUGGUGCCAAUGAACCUCAGCUCACCAGCUGCAAGUGAUCCUCACGGGUCACAACAGGUUCUCCCUACUGCUUCGUGUCACACUACAUCACAAGGGUCUCCAGGGUUUGAAUUACACAUAUUUCCAACACUAUUUGGUCACAUAAUAGGAGGAGGUUUGCCAGUCAAUUUAUCCAAACCAUCUUGUCACAAAGUAGCAUUAAAAUGUGAGCUAGAUAUACAAAAAACAAUUUCUCAGUUUUGGUCUUAUGAAAAGGUCCCAGAAUUAUUCCAUGAAAAAACUUCUGAACAGGAGCUGUGUGAACAAAUAUUUCAAAGCUCUGUCAAAUUAGAAAAUAAUCACUUUCAAGUUGCCUUACCAUUGAAAUUACCUUUAGAAGAUAUUAAUGGUAUAUUAGGCGAAUCCUUUCAUUGCUUUAAAGAGAUUUUUAAAUUUAGAAAAGAAAUUGCAUUCAAAUCCAAAUCUAUUCAUGCAAUAUCAAAGAUUUAUCCAUGAAUACUUAUCACUUAACCAUGGUCAUUAUAUGGACAUUGAACUGUAUGACGUAAACAAACAAGCAACUUACUAUUUACCCCAUCAUGCAGUCAUAAAUGAAAAUUCAAGUACAACCCGACUUCGGUGUGUAUUUGAUGCUUCAAUGAAAACUGACAAGAAAGUCAGCUUAAACAGUUUACAACUCAAUGGACCGGUAGUGCAAAAAGAUCUUUUUGAUAUACUCAUGCUAUUCAGAUUUGGCAAAUAUACAUUCACAACGGACAUCAAACAUAUGUUCCGCAAUAUAAAAAUUGAUCCCAAAUUCACUUCUCUACAAAACAUACUUUGGAGAGACAAUCCAAGUGAAUCAAUUAAAUGUAUUAGAUUAGACACAGUAACAUACGGUUUAAAAAGCUCUAGUUACUUGGCAACACGUUGUUUAAAGGAGCUAGCAAUUAGGUACGAAAAUUUGUAUCCUCUAGCUUCCAACAUAAUUAAUAAUCAUACAUAUGUUGACGAUAUUCUUUACACAGAUCAUGAUUUCAACUCAGUUAUAACUGCAAGGAAUCAACUACGCGAAAUACUCAGUCUAGGUGGAUUUCAUACACACAAGUGGGCCUCAAAUAAUAAAAGCAUACUGUCAGAUAUACCACAGACCGAGCAACAACAUUUUUGUAGUUUAGAUUUGCAAAAAGAAAAUUUCGACAUGAAAGCUUUAGGGCUGCGCAUUAAUGUUAUAGAUGAUAACUUUAUAAUAUCAUCCCCUGAACCGUUUAACCCUAAAGAAAUAACAAAAAGAAGAAUAUUAAGUUACAUAGGUAGAUUCUACGACCCUAUGGGGUUUGCAAGUCCUAUUAUAGUAACAGCAAAGGUCAUCAUGCAAAAAUUAUGGCUACAAAAUAUUGAUUGGAAUUCCACACCCCCUCUUAACAUUCAAGAAGAGUGGCUACAGUUUACAGCUGAUCUAUUAGCAAUGGAGCCAAUUAAACUAAGUAGAAAUAUAGAUAUUUCAGAAAAUUACACUGCAGAGCUGGUGGGAUUUGCUGAUGCUUCGUGUUCCACGGCCUACGGUUGCUGUGUAUACCUGCGAGUCAACAAAUUAGGUAACUCAAAUGCUUACUUGCUCUGUUCGAAAUCUAGAAUAAAUCCUAUUCAAAAGAAGGGCAUGACAGUGCCAAGGCUUGAAUUGAAUGCUGCACUCUUGUUAUCUAAGUUAAUGGCAAAAACAUAUGAUUCACUUAAGCUUAAAGUUAAAAUAAAGGAUGUAUAUCUAUUCAGUGAUUCAAAGAUUGUUCUUGCAUGGAUUGACACUGAAUUGAUGCAGCUUCAAGCUUAUAUAGCGAACAGAGUGAGUGUCAUUCGUCAGGCUACAGGUGCAUGGUCAUGGCUUUAUGUCAACACCAAAGAAAAUCCUGCCGACCUCAUCAGCAGAGGACUAAAGCCAGGCGAGCUGAACCGGUGCCAGUUAUGGUGGAACGGGCCACAGUUUCUACAUAACAGUGAGUACAAUUUUGAUUGCUGUAAACCAGAGCUCCCCAGCAUUCUACCCGAGGUGAGGCCUUGCUUAGUGCUUUCUGAUGACCAAUCAUCAAAUUCUAUUGAAUAUAUUUUCAAACAAUUAUAUAAUUAUUCUAAUAUUACAAAAAUCAUUAGGCUCAUGGCUUAUAUGUUAAGAUUUUUGAAUAAUGUAAAUAAACAUAAAAAUAAAAUAAAUAGUAAAUAUUUAACAAGCUCAGAGCUUGAAAAUGCCUUAAUGGUUAUAGUUAAACAUGAACAAGGUGUCCAUUUCAAAUCUGAAAUUAAUGCACUUUGCAAAGGCAAUAAUUUAAAAGGAACUCUUGUGAACCUACAUCCUUUCAUUGAUAAGCUAGGUCUUUUACGUGUAGGUGGGAGGCUACACCAUGCUGCCAUACCACUGUCACAAAAACAUCCUGUUAUCCUACCAAAGGACUCUUUAAUUACUAGCUUGAUUAUUAAAAGCGAACAUGAAAGAUUACUGCAUGCAGGACCUAAGCUUCUGCUUUCAAGUUUAAACCAAAAAUUUUGGAUUGUAAAUGGCUUAUUACAUAUUAAGAAAAUAACCCACAAAUGUAUUAUAUGUUUUAGAAAUAAGGCGACAGCUGCUCAACAGCUAAUGGGCUCACUGCCAGCCUGCCGUGUCACAGCCACGAGCCGACCGUUCCAGGUUAUCGGCUUGGAUUUUGCUGGGCCUGUAGACGUCAAGCUAUCGCGGAUUAGACGCUCUGUAGUCGGAAAAGGUUAUAUAUGCGUUUUUGUAUGCUUUACCACGAAGGCAGUUCACUUAGAACUGGCUUCGGACUUAACCACAGAAACAUUUCUAGGCUGUCUCAAAAGGCAAAUAAGCAGACGUGGAAAGCCCAGCCAGGUCCACUGUGACAAUUUUAGCUCAUUCAAAUCGGCUAGCAACCAAUUAAAUGAAUUGUAUAAGCUGCAUGCAUCUCAGUAUCACCAGGCAAACGUACAAAAAUUUGCUGCAGAACAAGGUAUAAAUUUCCAUUUCAUUCCGUGCUAUUCUCCUACGUUUGGUGGUCUCUGGGAGGCAGCAGUUAAAAGUACAAAAUACCAUUUAAGGCGAGUUGUACAAAAUAGUUUAUUAACAUAUGAACAGCUUAACACAGUUCUUUGUGAGAUUGAAGCUGUACUUAAUUCAAGACCAUUGUUAUCACUCUCAUCUGAUCCAGAUGACUUUUGUUAUUUAACACCUGGUCACUUUAUUAUUGGUAGUGCGUUAACUAUGUAUCCAGAAAACAAUUUAAUUAAUGUACCUAAAAAUAAACUUAAGUUUUGGCAGCUAUGUACUAAUUUAAAACAACAAUUUUGGAAGGUUUGGCAUAAAUAUUAUUUAAAUGUUCUCCAAAAUAGGCCAAAAUGGCGCCAAGACCAGAAUAAUGUUAAAGUAGGAAGUUUAGUUAUUCUAAAGGAUGAUAAUUUAUAUCCUAUGUACUGGCCCAUGGCACGAAUUGUAAGAUUAUGUCCUGGUCACGAUGGAAAGGUCAGGGCCGUCGAGGUCAUGACCCCAAAUAAAAAAACACACGUUCGAGCCAUUAACAAAAUAUGUGUAUUGCCAAUAGAUUCCAAUUAGUAUUUAAUUAUUAUUAAGAAAAUUUUAAAUUUAACAUUGUAAGCAACAACUAAACUUAACUUGUAAAAUGUUUAAAUUCCCAGUUUACAUAUUAUUUAACAAUUGUAUAGUUCAUAACAUCAUGAGGCCGCAGCAUGUUGCAGGCAACAUUAUGGUAAAUAAAGGAAUUGUAUAAAAUCGUGCUGGCAACACUGCCCGCCGAUUGUAAUUUGUAAUCGCUCCUCUUGCCUUCCGACCACCGGCCUAUGUACACAUGUUCAAUUUAUAUUUCUCAUAAUUAAAGUGAUUUUUCCAUUCA